GUAUCCUCGUUCAAAAAAUUUCAAAUCCCGUCUCCCUCCUUCCUUCCCUCCCACGCGCUCGCUUCGCAGCCGCUAUGGAUGUCCAUCCCACCCCCUUCCCUGGCAAACGCCGGCCACCAGCAAACUCCACCACAAAAGAUGGGGAGCGAAUCAAAUCUUCCAAGAAACCACAAUCUCAGUCCCUCACCACAGCUCCAACCAGGCCAAAGCGUGCUUUCGGCGUCGCUCGAAGCUCAAACAUUCCGGUCGAGAAGUCUCUCUCAAAGCCCCCAACAACCAAAACUUGCAAGCCAUGGAAACCUUCAGGAAACGCCACAAAACCGGUCAAAAUGGAUGCCUCCGCCAUAGCUGUCACCGGAAAGGACCGAAAAGCAGCAAAUGAGGAUGUCGCCGGUGGUGAUUCCAGUAAAACCAAGACCAGCACCAAGAAGCAUCAGCACGUGUCCUUCCAAGAUCCAGUGGCGGCAGAAGCUGUCGACGGCGAUGAGAAGAUUGCCCAGCAGGAAGAGAUCUGCACUCCGAUGUCUUCGAUCAAGUCUGCGGUGCCGGGCACACCAUACCACAGUGCACAGGGCUGCAGCAAGUGUAGGCUUGACAAGCUGGAGACCUCAACAUAUUGGCUCACUCAGAUAAAGCUGGCGGAGUCUGUGGGGAGGCAUUCUGUUGCAGCUGCGUUCUUCCGUCUUGCAUCGGAGUGCCAGGCCCAGCCAUUUCAUAAACUUCAGAUGGAGCUCAAAAACUAUGUGGUACGGCACCGAGUCAGUUCUGCAGAAUCUUUGUGGAGUGAUCUUCUCAAGGCUUAUGAGCUAUCAAAUGACGAAGCGAAUGCUCAUUUCUAUAAUCUCGACGAGUUUGAUGCUUCCUUUGUUGAACAGAAGGAAACCAAACCUGAUGCUGGAGAAGAGUAUACAAUAUGUGAGACCGAUAAAAAUGGUCGUUUGGAAUAUGAUGGUGAUGAUAACCCAGUUGUGGAUGAAACAGAGGAAGCACCUGUCCAAGAUAUGGAAGAUGGUUCUGUUAAAGAGGAACCUACAGGGGCAGAGCCAGCACUAAACACCGCUGAAGGCCCCUUUCCUGAGAAUAAGCAUUCUGAGGCAAUGAUCGUUUCCAAUAUAUGUGCUAAUGAAUCUUUGGAGGAAAAUGCAUCUGGAAAAAGGUCAUGUGGGGAAAAGUCUAGUAGAGGCAACAGGCUCUCCGUGAAAAGUUCAUCUUUGAAUGCGAGGACACAGAGAUCUGGCGGUUCUGCUGACAAGGGUCGGAGUUUGGCGAAGAAAAACCAAGCAGGGUUGAAGUUAUCUGUUGGAGAGCAAAUAAGGACUCAUGUGGAUGGAGCUAAAAGGAAUGGGAGUGGUCAGCUUAGGAGCAAAGACAAAGAAGAUUUGAAGGGUACUGACCCCAAUUCAAGUGACAAUUUUAAUUCUGAUGUAUUUGGAGAAGAUGCGACGACCGAUCAGAAUGCUUAGCUAUGGGACUUCAGAUGCGACCAAAUAUGCAGAAGAUUAGAGUUGUAGCUCUGCCGCUGACUAUAUUAUUUAGUGUGUUGAUGGUUUUUUUAGUUUGUAUGGAGUGUUUUUCUGCUUCAACAGAAAGUGUAAAUUUGUAUUUUGCCUCCAUGACAUUGAUGGGAGGACACAGAUGAUUGAUUGGUGUCAAUGGUGUGGAUAUAUGCUAUAUCAUGUGGAUUUGGUUUUUGUUGCAAAUACAUUUGAUAUAUUUGAAUGCACCUGUUCUUAGUUUAUGAACAGGAUCCUUCUACAAAAUCA